CCUAAAACCCCACCGCCUCUACUCCGCUAGAAGGUCUCUCAUGUUUUAUCUUCAAUUCUCUGAUGUUCUUUUGGACAUGACCUUAUCUUCGAAAGCGCACUCUCAUAAUACAACACUCAGUCGCUCUUCUGAGUUGAAGCAGAACACUGGCAUGAUUAUAUAUGCAUAAUAGAUGUAUGUAUAUUUGUGUGUGUGAAUAUCAACAAUGGAGGCAGCAAGGAACUUCCUUUCUUCACCUCCAACAUUUUCUUCAAGAACCCACCUCAAGAAUUUCCCGUCUUCUUCUUCAACUUCCUCUUCUGUCUCAGUGCUUCGGGAAAAAGUAGCUCCUCUGCUCACCCGCAUGCCUGCUGUUACUGUAGCUUGUUAUUUUGCUACCUCAACUCAUAUUUCAGAGCAACAUGAGGAAAGCGGGCCAUCGCUUCGCCUGAUGAAGUACGAUAGAAUGUCUCAGGCAACACUAGAUAGGAGGCUUAUUGAUGCUGCACCAUCUGCAAAUCAAGGGAGUGACACUGAUGAUCCCAAUCAUCUUAAAAGCAAUUCUCAUGUAAAAUUACUUCAGUUGCCCGGCUUGUGGUACUUAUUUCAAUCCUUAGACGCACGGCAGUCUGUUCCUAGUAAACCCGACGAUUUUAUUGAUGUUGAAGCAGAAAAUGUAGUUGCCCUUGCCAAAAAUGCUUUGUCUGCAUCAAGAGAAGCAGCCUUAUUAGCUGAAAAUUCCAAAUUAUUUGGAGCUAGUGUAGAUGACACUCUGAGUCCGAGUUUGCUUUCUGCUUUGACUGACAUUCCGCUGGAGAAAAAAACAGUACACUCAACACGUCUUCUGCAGAGACAACCCAAAAAAAGUAGGGUGCCAAAGCCAAAAGUUGAGGUUGAGGACACCAGACCUCCUGUAAGGCCAAAUCUACAGAGAAAAGCUUUUGAUCUCAUUGAUCCUCUACGGGUUUUCUUGUCUGGUCCUGAAACAAAACUUUUGACUGUAGAUGAAGAAUCUGAAUUGAUUGGGAAGAUACAGGAUUGGAUGAAACUAGAGGAAGUAAAGAGUAGGCUUCAGAGUCAAUUUAAUCGUGAACCAACUUUGGUUGAAUGGGCAGAAGCUGCUGGUCUAAGUUGUCGAGCCUUGCAGACACAACUUCACUCCGGUAAUAGGAGCCGCGAGAAACUGAUAUAUGCCAAUCACCGCAUGGUGGUUCAUAUUGCCAGACAGUACAUGGGACGUGGUCUCAGCGUUCAGGAUCUAUUGCAGGUGGGUAACAUGGGUCUCAUGAGGAGUAUUGAGAAAUUUAAACCCCAAGUAGGUUGCCGAUUUGCAACUUAUGCCUAUUGGUGGAUAAGGCAAGCUAUUAGGAAGGCCAUUUUUCAGCAUUCUAGGACAAUCCGUUUGCCAGACAAUGUGUAUGGCCUUCUUUCGAAGGUAAAGGAAGCAAAGAAACUUUGCAUUCAACAAGGUAUUCAUAGUCCUACAAAAGAAGAGAUUGCAUCAUGUGCUGGAAUUACAGUUGAGAAGUUGGAAAAAUUGCUGUUUACUGCAAGAAUGCCACUGUCUAUGCAACAGCCUGUGUGGAUGGAUCAAGAUACAACUUUCCAGGAAGUCACUGCUGACACAGCAAUUGAGGCCUCAGACUUGAGUGUGUCAAAGCAACUUAUGAGGAUCCAUAUUCGGAAUCUACUUCGCAUUCUAAAUCCAAAAGAGAGAAAAAUCAUCAGGCUUAGAUUUGGCAUUGAAGAUGGCAAACAGAAAUCACUAUCUGAAAUUGGUGCAGUUUUUGGAUUGUCUAAAGAGAGAGUUCGGCAGCUAGAAACUCGAGCACUGUACAAGCUCAAGCAGUGUCUUAGUAGUCAAGGGUUAAAUGCGUAUGCGGAUAUGCUUCUUUAGAUUACGCUAUGUUCAAAUUCUCUAGCUAAAAUUUGUUGUAAAGUGAAGAAAAGUGAGUAAGCUCUUA